UGGUGACUAGUCGGCGACCCAUCCGUCCGAGGAACGUGCUUCCGCGUCCGUACGUUUCCGACGAUUCCGUGACCACGUUCGAUCGCGCGAUCCACGAAGCGUCGUCGGUCCUCGAGUUUCUCCCCGGUAACCACGGCAACCACGGCGAGCCGAUUAAUCGCGGAGGCGGCGGGGGACCGAUCGGGAAAAUGAAAUCGGCUCGGACCGCUCGGUCCCGAUUUCGCGGACGCCGGUCCGGGAGCACGGACAGGCUCCUCUAGGACCCAUCGACGACGACGACGGGAUCGAUCCGAGGGAUCCGCCGCGCGGGGGAAAGGGGGGGAUCGAUGAUCCCUGAACACUGGUGCGCGACCGACGCCGGCGAUCGAGACGGGCCCGUUAGUGAAAACCGUCGCCGGCGCAGCGAGUGUCAAUCGUUCGGAUUAGUCUUGCGGUCUCAUUAGUCCCGGCUGGCCGGCGUGAAAGCGGCCCACAGUGUAUCCCCGAACGCUUUCGAAAACGGCACCGAAACGCGCGACGCCCGUCCGUCCGCGGCCUCUUCCGGAUGUUUCGCUGGGCCUCCGCUCGCCCCGCCGACGAAUCGCCUCCCGAAAUCGUGGCCGCCGAAUCGCCGAUCUUCGUCCUAGUGCAGUGAAGAGAGAACCGCCGGAAACGGCCGGAGAAGAUCGCCCCGGAGGUUCCUCUCGGGGUACUCCCCGCAGCCGCGGGAAAAUUUCACCGACGAGCAAACGGGUCUGGAAUAUUCCGGCGCGAGGGAAAGAAACGUGGGGAGAGAAGAGUGCGAAGUAUCAGAGAUUCAUCGGGCAUAGAUCUCGGCGCGGAGCCCGGUAACGAGAUGACGAGAUAGUCCCGGGUGAACGAACGGUUCCAGGAUUCCAAUAAGGGGAUCGCUGAUUUCAAAAGGGACGACUCGUCGGGUCUGUUCGUGGUGUUCGACGGUGUUCGCCGAACUUCCGCGGCCCUCUUUCCGCCGCUAAAACCAGCUCUCUGGAUGUGCCGGCAAAUUGGAUGACGCGGCGCGCGGACCGGCCGCGAGCACGGCGAACGCUUAAAUGGCUCGUAGAACUUGUUAGAACUUGCAGAUAUCCUGGGAGCGAAGGCGAGAUAUCCCGGGAGCAGAGUGCUCGGCGAUUCGGACGAAGAAAGUCUCGUCGCCGGGCGAUAAAAGUCUCAUCGCCGAGAGGCACGCCGGCGGAACUUCGCGGAAUCGGGUCUCUAGGCCCCGAAACUCCGCCGGAGCCGAUCGGAUCGGCCGUUUCCGCCGCAAUCGUCUCAUCUCGGGGCCCCGAGAUCCGCCGAUAGCCGGGGAUCGGGACACUUGUUCCUCGCGGGGAACACGAACUGGCCCCGCGGAGCUGCCGCGGGACGUAAAAGCGAACCGUCGGGACUGCUCUUGGAUCAACAAGUGUCCUAGGACCUCUUCAUCGCCGGCGGGAAUCGUUCGAGGACGCCGCGGGUUACGUUGUUCGAGUGAUAGUGAGGAAGAGUUUCGAGGGUUUCGAAGGUUCGAGGAGGUUCGGGUUUUAUGGGAAGCGGCGGGCCCGCCGCGAAAGUGUCGGUGCCGCGAGGAUCCCCGGGGCCCGCGGAGGACAUUUUCAUUGUUGCCGGGCGCGGGCGAAGAUGAAGAGAUAGCCGGGCAGGCGACCGGACGCAGGGGGCUCGGGGAUCGAUAACCAGGGGGUUCAGCAGCGGGGUCCGCGAGCUCGGCAAAAUAGAGUACCCCGGCGGCAGCGGUAUGUACGGGGGUGGCGCGGGGAGCGGGGGCUACGGGGUCGGUUUGGGCCCGGGCCCAGGCGCGGGCCCCUCGCACUACAUACCCUCCGCUUCCUCGGUGGGCUACCAAUUGGCCCCGCCGCCCCCGCCGCCUCCGCCGAGCUGCCCCACCGCCGGCACUCAGCUCCUGUCUUACGGGCCCACCCUAUCGCCCCAUCACAUGCAGCAGGCUCACGCGGACGCGCAGCAGUCCAAGAGACGGAGAUCGGACGAGGAUGAUCCCAGCGGGUGUAAAUAUAGGAGGCUGGACGACGAGAAUGUACAGGACAAAGAAAGAUUUGCGAGCAGGGAGAAUCAUUGCGAAAUCGAGCGGCGGCGGCGGAAUAAGAUGACCGCCUACAUCACCGAACUAUCGGACAUGGUGCCGACGUGUUCAAACCUGGCGCGGAAACCGGACAAAUUGACUAUACUCAGGAUGGCGGUCGCCCAUAUGAAGACCCUCAGAGGCAGCGGAAGCACGACCACCGACAACGCGUACAAGCCCUCGUUCCUCACCGACCAGGAGCUGAAACAUCUGAUCCUGGAGGCGGCCGACGGGUUCCUGUUCGUCGUGAGCUGCGACACUGGCAGGAUCAUCUACGUCUCCGACUCGGUCGCACCGGUUCUGAACUACACGCAGAGCGACUGGUACGGCACCAGUUUGUACUCGCAGGUCCAUCCAGACGACACCGAGAAGGUCAGGGAGCAGCUGAGCGCGGAGGAACCGCAGCACGGUGGCAGGGUGCUGGACCUGAAGACGGGGACCGUGAAGAAGGAGGGGCAAUCUUCCAUGAGGAUGUGCAUGGGCUCGAGGAGAGGCUUCAUCUGUCGCAUGAAGGUCGGGAACCUCCAGACGACCGGCGACAUGGCCGCGGCCCACGGCCUGCACCGCAUGAAGCAGAGGAACUCGCUGGGCCCGGCCAGGGACGGUCAGAAUUACGCGGUGGUCCACUGUACAGGCUACAUCAAAAACUGGCCCCCCACCGGUGAGUUUGGUGAUUUUGUUCCCCCAUGUGUACCAGGUGUGGGCAUAGGUGACAGAGGGUCUGGUAGUGUUCAAGCUAGACCUGACGGUGUAGUUGCAGAUGAAAACACCAGCAGCAAUUGCUGCCUGGUCGCCAUUGGACGACUACAGGUCACUAGCACACCAAAUAGUAGCGAUUUAGCAGGUUCCAAUAGCAAUAAUGAAUUUAUCUCGCGUCACUCGGCCGAGGGUAAAUUUACCUUUGUGGACCAAAGAGUCGGUGGAAUUCUAGGCUACACACCUUCGGAACUCUUAGGUCAUCCGUGCUACGAAUUCUUUCACCCGGAGGACUUAACGCACAUGAGAGAAAGCUUCGAACAAGUGUUGAAGCUGAAAGGUCAGGUGGUGUCCGUGAUGUACAGAUUUCGAGCCAAAAAUCGCGACUGGGUGUGGCUGAGGACGUCCGCAUUUGCAUUUUUAAACCCAUUCAACGAGAACGUCGAAUACAUUGUCUGCACCAACACGCAUACAAAAUCAUUCCAUCCUGGCAGUGAUGGACAUACAGAAACCGAAGCUGUGCCUGCCUACGGACAACCCGGCUUGGACUAUUCUCUUCAAAGACAUCCUGCUAGGGACCCGCUGUACUCGGGUCAUCACAUGAUGCAGCAUCCAGCGACUGUAGCCACAGCUGGUCCUCAGCAGCCCAGGCCGUCCAGUACACAGAACGUAUAUCAGGGAUACGAAACCACACAGUCGCCGAUAGCUUAUGGCUCACCUGGCCAGCAGAGCGCAUCUUCCUCGGUUUUAAGUAGAAUCCAAAAGCCGGCUAAUACAUCCCCGACCCCGGUGCAACAAGCUUGGGCUAUUGGAAGACAACAACCUGUAACAGAAGGAUAUCAGUACAGUCAAUUAAGUCCAUCUAGGUCACCGAGCGGACCAACUUAUACUCAAUUAAGUAGCGGCGCCAGGACACCGGCUACGCAGUAUCAUGCAGUCACCACAGUGCCUAAUAACUCGGGUAUGUGGGGGUGGCAGAGCCAACAACACCAAGCAUCUCAGCCAGACGGCGGACAAUCAAAUCCUCAGGUGACUGGGCAAGCCCAGGCGCCUCACCCUGCUCAGGGUGGACCUGGCACGCAACCACAAGAGCUCUCGGACAUGUUACAGAUGCUGCAGGACCAGGGCGGAGCGUCCGGUUUCGAGGAGUUAAAUAUGUUCAAUACUAAUUUCGAGUAGCGACAAGGAAAUAGCAUCGAAGAAUGUCUACCUUAAGGGAGCUUUAAGGUUUCGAAAUCAUUGGCACUGUCUCGAGAUCACGCCGAGCAUUCAUAAUCAGCACUUUUACUUCAGCAAUUAAUUGAAAGUUCGCAAUUAGCACCUCACGUAUUAUUAAACUUGACCCGAAUCGGCGGCAAGGGGUAAGGUCGGCCUAACUUCGUCGGUUCGUUAGCGUUUGUUUUUAAUGAGAAGUUUCGAUUCGAUCGCGUCGAAGGAGAUACGAUUUCAAAGAUCGUACGAGAUGUUCGGAUAAUUCGUCGGAAAUUCAUGAAUAUCGUUUUUUGUGAAAGUGCCAUUAAACGUGUCGUUGGGAAAAAGGGAAACACAGAAAACUGCUAAAUCAUCACUUAUAAUACGCACAGAUGAAUCACACAGUGGAUGAGGUCUAGGUAGCUUUUUAAUAAUACGCGGACUUUAGUGGUUCGAUACGAUGAUGAUUAAUUACGAGGAUCGUUCGUACGAGAGCUAUGAUUUUUAUUUUUUAAGUUUGUUCGUUUAUCUCUUUGUGGAUAAGAAUCGUGUUGAAUGAAUCAUUGUGGAAAUCAUUCUUCUUCUAUAUAUUACUUCCUGUUGUUGAUCUGAUUUUAGAGCGUAAGAAGAGCAGUCGUAGAAACAAUGUUGUAAAUUAGAGAUCGAACUGAUUGAACUCUCUUCGUCCUGAUUUUUAACGAAAUAAACGCAAUUACGUAGGUAAGUUAUAUUUAAAUUGUACAUGGAACCGGAGAACUGUAACUGUCGAAGGAGCCGCGAAAGUUUCGCGGGGCUAUUGUUGAUGGAUGUAAGUAUGUAUAAAUUUUUCGAUGAAACAGAGGAUACCUGUGAGAUCUGUAAUUGUUCGGAAAGCGACGCAUCGUUUAAGAUUUCGGACUAUUAAUUGGGACUGUGCGUGUAUCGUGUACGAUCGCUAUCACCUUUUACAUUGUUAUAGGAGUUUAACAUCGCAUCUGUGCUUAUUAAUAAGUAGUACGGAAUAAUAUUUCCGAUUUUAUUGAAAGAAACAAACGAAAGAGCACUUCGACUAAACAAAAAAAAAAAGAAAAGAAAAAUACUAAAAUUAACGAGGUGCACCCUAAAAAGUUAAGGGUGAAGAAAAGUAUUUUUAAAACUUCUCAAUCAAAUCUUAUACAAAUCACGGUAAUUUUAAUACCAGCUUAUCGUUAGAUUUCUAAGACUAGCUUAAUUAUUUUAAUUUAGAUCUUUGUAAUUAUAAACAGUGCAAUCAUAAGAAUCAACACUCAAUGGACAACAAAAAAAAGAAAGAAAAGAAAGCAAGAUUGUUUGAACUUGACGAUGUACAAAAAAGAAAUUAUGUAAUCCACUUUUGCUUCUCUGUGCAAGACAUCAUUUUUAGAUAUUCCUAAAGAAAAAUAUAGAUAAUGUUAUACAUACGAAUAAUUGCAUUUAUAAGUAACCACGUGUGAUUUAGCGCAUUUGUACAUGUCUAGAGAAUUCCGAUAAGCAAGAUUGAAACGAAAAAUUGCAGCAUAUCAAUAUUGAAUUGGGAACAUUUUUACUAAUAUAUAAAAGUAUACAAUACGCGUACGAUUCUUUUUAAUCAUCCUAUGUCGAAAGUAGUUCCACUAACGGACAAUAAUUAAUGUGUCGAUGUGUGUGUGUGUGCAUCGAUACGUAUAUGCAAAUGAUUUGAUUAAAUUGCGAAUCGCAUCUGUGAAACAUUUCGGGGCCCUUUAAACCUUGAUCAUUUUUGAUCAUGCUACUCCAUCACGCCCUCUAUGAAAGUAAGAUCAGCUUUUCGAACUUGAUUUCGUGCGAAAAAUAGUUACCUGAAAUUUUUAUUAUAAUGCAAUUAUUUAAAAAUAAAUAACGAAAGAAUAAUAUGCGCUCGUAUAAAAUGAAACUAUUAUUUAUAGAUUCCUCCAGUGCGCUUAUUAUAUUACAUAAAUAUAAAAGUUGUAUGAAUCACGGAUCAAUUGGUAAUAUAAAGUCCACAUUCGUGUUGGAA